CUACUCUGCUGCGUUGAGUAUAAAACGAAUGCGAAAUCAUUUUUAUCAAUCAUUAAUACAGAGUUUGUCGCUACACUUCUAACUACAAUAAACUACAAUGAUUGCUCGUUUGUCUCUAUUUGUGCUCAUAGUUGUGCUCAGCACUGCAGUUGCGCAGAAAAAAGCUCGUCUGUCCAACUACUGCAGCUUUCCGCCGUGCUGUAAAGACAAGAAAAUAAAGCCACCCUACACAGCCGCAGAGAAAAAAUCUUGUCCCGGAAAAACGGAAUGCACGGACUACAACGGAUGCGCAUAUCAAGGAGACUUUUCAUUUUGCGGCGAAAAUAAAUCGCACGACUAUGUCGUCAACACGAACAUCGUGUCAUUCUUCUCGACGCACGGUGACAUUGGCAAAUAUAAAAAGAAAACUCUGCGAAUCACCCAAGGAUCGAAAACAAUUGAAGCCAUCGUUUGUGACACUUGUUCGGACAGUGACUGCAAAGGGUGCUGCACGAAAAAUGCGGGAAAGAGUGGCUACUUGAUCGAUAUGGAGUCGAAUACGUAUGCUCGAUUCGGUGGUUCUGAUGGUGAAGUUACGUGGAGCUGUGUGAAUUGUUAGUGGAGUGAGGGCAGAAAAUUACCUUUGUAACAAUUUUUGGAAUGCAAUAAAAGCAGUGAACAUAAGUUAGUA